UCCAUUUCCAACGAGAAAGAAAAGACGGGUACGGGGGCUUUCAAAAGUAUAAUAAUAAUAUUAAGCAUAGAACUUGAUGGUUCAAUCACAUGGCUUCCUCGUCCUCUUCUCACCAGACUCACACUCCUCUCCCUUCCGACCCCGCAGGCGAUGGUAAACCACCAGAUCAUGAGGUUCCGAUACAUGUUGUGACCGUGCCUUCUCAACUUCCGGUCGAGUUCCGUAACCCUUCAGCCGCGAAGCAAUUGAUCAUUGGGUUUGACUGUGAAGGUGUUGAUCUUUGUCGCCAUGGAACUCUCUGUAUUAUGCAGCUUGCUUUUCCGGAUGCUAUAUAUUUGGUCGAUGCCAUUAAGGGUGGAGAGUCUCUCAUCAGAGCAUGUAAACCUGCGCUCGAGUCUAGUCACAUCACAAAAGUUAUCCAUGACUGCAAACGGGAUAGCGAGGCAUUAUAUUUUCAGUUUGGCAUCAAGUUGCACAAUGUUGUUGAUACCCAGAUUGCUUAUUCUCAGAUAGAGGAGCAAGAAGGACGGGCUAGAUUGCCUGAUGACUAUAUAUCAUUUGUUAGCCUCCUUGCAGAUCCACGCUAUUGUGGCAUAUCUUAUCUGGAGAAGGAAGAGGUUCGUGUUCUCCUUCGACAGGAUCCUAUGUUCUGGACAUACAGGCCAUUCUCUGAAAUGAUGAUCCAUGCAGCUGCUGAUGAUGUUCGCUUUCUUCUCCGCAUCUAUUAUAAGAUGAUGGAAAAGCUCAACCAGAGAUCUUUAUGGUAUCUUGCAGUUCGUGGGGUGUUGUAUUGUCGAUGUUUCUGCAUCAAUGAGAAUGAUUAUGCUGAUUGGCCCCAUAUCCCUCCGAUUCCAGAUAACCUCAUCAUCGAGGAGGAUAAUGCUCCUGAGGAGGAAAUCCUUUCUGUUCUUGAUGUUCCCCCAGGAAAGAUGGGACGUGUUAUUGGAAGACGAGGAGCAUCCAUUUUGUCAGUAAAGGAAUCUUGCAACGCGGAGAUCUUCAUUGGAGGUGCAAAGGGUCCAACUGACAAGGUAUUCAUAGUAGGACCGGUGAAACAAGUGAGGAAAGCUGAAGCCAUGUUGAGGGGGAAAAUACUGGAUAUAUUUUAGGGAGCU